AUGCCUGAUGAAUUAACCCCAAAACGCCAGCGUGUUUCAAAAGCUUGCGACACUUGUCGCCGCAAGAAAGUGAGGUGCGACGGUGUUCAACCUCCUUGCGGGAACUGUGCUACUUUUGGGUUCGAGUGCACUUAUAACGAUGCAACAAAGAAGAGAGGUCCACCAAAAGGGUAUAUUGAAGCCAUAGAAACGCGAUUGCAUAGAAUGGAGUCUUUGCUGGGUGGAUUAGUGCACAGUAACGAUCCCCGUGCUGAAGCCGUGUUGAGUGAACUGAUGCAAGACGACUUGCGACCGCUACGACAUUCGGGAUCAACUGACGCUUCUUUGUGGCGAAGUCUUCAAUCCUCUGGUUCGGCCGAUAAUUUUGCCGGCAUGGACGAUUCGUACAGAUCAGGGGAGAGUCCAUUGAUCGAUGAUUUGAACGAUAUCAUGGGCAUACUGAGCAUCGAUGAGAAUAAUCAAGUGCGGUAUCACGGUAGAAGUAGUGGUUUCUAUCUAUUAAAGAAGAGUAAAUGUUACAAAGACGGAGUACUCCAAUAUCCAAAUCAACAAUGGGCCAAGGGCGAACUCGUUGCAUCGACCGUUGAAUUUGAAUUACUAAAACGUCCAGAGCUUAUAGAAUUACCGUCUGAAGAACUGUCAAAUCAUCUGUUGGAAUGCUAUUUCACUCAAAUGCAUCCGUAUCUUCCAUUAAUUUACAAGCCCACGUUCUUCAAACAGCUGAAAGAGAAAAAGUAUUUGCCCUUGCUGUUGCUUAAUGCCAUUUACUCGGCUGCUGCUAAAUUCUCACCAAAGUUGGAAGUAAGAAAAGAUCCCUCAAAACCAGAGACAGCCGGUGACGUGUAUUUUGAACGAGCCAAAGCCUUGCUUGAUAGCGAUUAUGGUGUUUCCAAAGUUACUACAGUGCAGGCCUUGUUGUUAAUGGCUAUACGAGAGUUUGGGUGUGGGAAAACGUCCCGUGGGUGGCUGUAUAUAGGAAUGGGAAUAAGAAUGGCCCAAGAUUUGGGAAUACAUCGCAAUAACGAGAGAUGGCAUCCUCUGAGCCUGAGCCAUGAAGAACGAGAGUCACAGAGACGGACAUUUUGGACAUGUUUUGUUCUAGACAGACUUGCGAGUGCUUACUUGGGUCGUCCUAUGGGAAUUGAUGAGAAAGAUGUCGACGCUGCACACCCAAGUGAAGCUGAAUAUGACGAGACUGAAAUGUUGCCAUUCAAAAUGGAUGGGCUGUUCUCUUCUUCUUCAUCUCCCCUCUCAUCCCAAAACAGCUUACAGGCGUCACCGGCAACGUCUUCAAAGUCGGCGUCGUCCGUUGGGUCUCAAUCGAACGAGGUAACACACAGGUCGCAUGCAGUAUCUCGGUUCAUUCAUUUCAUUAAACUGUGCGAGAUAGUCGGUCGAAUAGUACACAACAUACAUGCGAUAAGGUGCAAACCAAUCUCAAAGAUUGAUGACACUGUAAGAUCUAUUCUGGAUUCUUCGCUUACUUCGUGGUUUGUCAGUCUACCUCCUCAUCUGCAAUAUGAUCCUAAUAGCAAUGAUUGUACAUCACCAGCGACAUUAGCACUUCAUAUGCAUUAUUAUACAGUAUUAACGUUAUUACAUCGACCCUAUGCACCUACUUUCCCACAUUCUCACAAUGUUUGUACAACAGCAGCAGAGGAGGUUGCUAAAAUUGGAGAGACACUAAUGAAAAAGGCUCCACAAACAUAUAGUUUAGCAAUGUCUGUAUAUAGUAUAUUUACAGGAGGAGUUACUCAUACUUAUAAUGCUGCUCAAGACGACCCGUCUUUGGCUUUAUCAUCAAAAGUGAAUUUACUCAAGUGUCUAAGAGCACUAGAGGCAGCAAAGGACGUAUGGCAACCAGCAUCAAGAUACUAUAAUUUACUGGUGGAUCUUGUGGAUUUGACAGACGCCAGAUCCGGUAAUGACAAUCUUCGUAAUACUCUUGGUGACAACGAGGACGAUCAUAGCCCGCAAUCACGUAAGAGGACUAAUGUAUCCAAUAACCAAAGUCAGGCUAGAAAUUCCCAAUUGACAUUGGAAGAUUACAAUAUCGUCUAUCAUCAACCUUUUAUGACGACUGCUGAUAAUAGUAACAAUAGCAAUGUUCAACGACCAAUGUUUCAACAUCCACCUGCCAUACAAUUGAACCGUCACGGUACAGAAGAAUCUCCUCAAAUGUAUCCCGUUAGACAUCGAUCCGUUGUCCCUAGCCAGCAACUAUCUUCGUUAUCAAUCAACGAUCCGUUUGCAGCGCCGGGUGCAGCUACAGCUGGUGCAAAUAAUAACGGAAAUGGAGUAUUUAAUACUCCAAUCACAGGGUACUGGGAGAUACCACCAUCGGCAGACUUGGAUGAAUGGACGGCAUAUGUGAAUAAUCAACAUUUACGACAAAGUGGAAUUACAUAUGCGUCGCAGGGACUGCAGUCGUCACGGAUGCAAACAAAUAAUACUAAUGGUAUACUUGCCUCGCAACAACGGCUUAUAUCUAACGAUGGUAAUAAUAUCAACAUGUAUGCUAACGGUAAUCAGCUGAUGCCGAAUAUAUUGACACUACAGAAUGGAGAGGGGCGAAGCGCUGGCGGGUAUGGUGGAAACGGGAGUGGUAAUGGAGCAAAUGAUUCAACUGUACCACUGAUAUAUUACUAG